AUGCUGUGCUCUCCCAGUCCUGGCACUCCUGCUGAUGUGCAGACAGGAAUCCAGCCUGGGGACAUUAUUGGUGGGUGCAGAUUCUGCCUGUACCUGCUCCCUGCACACCUGUCUGUACAGACUCCCUGUGCGUGCUCACCUGUCUGUACAGACCCCCUGUGUGUGCUCCCUGCUCACCUGUCUGUACAGACCCCCUGUGUGUGCUCCCUGCUCACCUGUCUGUACAGACCCCCUGUGUGUGCUCACCUGUCUGUACAGACCCACUGUGUGUGCUCACCUGUCUGUACAGACUCCCUGUGUGUGCUCCCAGCUCACCUGUCUGUACAGACCCCCUGUGUGUGCUCCCUGCUCACCUGUCUGUACAGACCCCCUGUGUGUGCUCCCUGCACACCUGUCUGUACAGACCCCCUGUGUGUGCUCCCUGCUCACCUGUCUGUACAGACUCCCUGUGCCUGCUCCCUGCUCACCUGUCUGUACAGACUCCCUGUGCCUGCUCCCUGCUCACCUGUCUGUACAGACUCCCUGUGCCUGCUCCCUGCUCACCUGUCUGUACAGACUCCCUGUGCCUGCUCCCUGCUCACCUGUCUGUACAGACUCCCUGUGCAUGUUCACCUGUCUGUACAGACUCCCUGUGCGUGUUCACCUGUCUGUACAGACUCCCUGUGUGUGCUCCCUGCUCACCUGCCUGUACAGACCCCCUGUGUGUGCUCCCUGCUCACCUGUCUGUACAGACCCCCUGUGUGUGCUCCCUGCUCACCUGUCUGUACAGACCCCCUGUGUGUGCUCCCUGCACACCUGUCUGUACAGACCCCCUGUGUGUGCUCCCUGCACACCUGUCUGUACAGACCCCCUGUGUGUGCUCCCUGCUCACCUGUCUGUACAGACUCCCUGUGCCUGCUCCCUGCUCACCUGUCUGUACAGACUCCCUGUGCCUGCUCCCUGCUCACCUGUCUGUACAGACUCCCUGUGCAUGUUCACCUGUCUGUACAGACUCCCUGUGCGUGUUCACCUGUCUGUACAGACUCCCUGUGUGUGCUCCCUGCUCACCUGUCUGUACAGACUCCCUGUGUGUGCUCCCAGCUCACCCGUCUAUACAGACUCCCUGUGCGUGCUCCCCUGUCUGUGUGUGUGCUCACCUGUCUGUACAGAAGCCCUGUGUGUGCUCCCUGCACACCUGUCUGUACAGACUCCCUGUGUGUGCUCACCUGUCUGUACAGAAGCCCUGUGUGUGCUCCCUGCACACCUGUCUGUACAGACUCCCUGCUUCGCACCUGCUCCGUCUCUCAGACUGACAUCAGAGACGCCGGCGGCAGAACUUUAAUAAUUAUCAUUCCUGUUUUCCGCACGUUCCCUGCGGCUGUGUUAAGUGCCCAAGUCGUUUUUAGAGACUUCUUGUCAUAAAUCUUCUGUCUGCCUUCAGAAAUGAAGGUACAAUGGAGGUACAGGAACAAAGUGUACCAUGAAGGUACCGUAAUAUUCUCUUUCGGUACAAAGGAGUACGUUUUCCAAGCAAACAAGGUACAAAUGAAUUCUCUAUUGCUGGCGAGCAGUUGUAUGUGCCUGUCCUAGUUCUCUGCACAGCGUUGCACUCGUUGGCACUGAACAAAGCCACUACACUCCACCUUACCCUGUUUACAAAUCCGUUUUAAAAUAAGUUCUGUCUGAGCCUAGGUUUCUGUGAAAAGGUGCAUGUGCUUCACUGCAAAUGUACAAUUUCUGGACCAAUAAAGGUGCACAAUAUUCCCCAA